GAGGACAUCCGACUGGCCUUCCUCAACAUCUCCAGGAUCAUGGACUGUGUGGGCUGCUUCAAGUGUCGCCUGUGGGGGAAACUGCAGACUCAGGGAUUAGGAACAUCUCUAAAGAUUUUGUUUUCCGAGCGGCAAAUUGAAGCGCUUCCCACGUCCAACGUCCAGCGACCCAGCUUCCAGCUCAGUCGACAGGAGGUCGUCUCCCUGCUCAACGCCUUUGGAAGGGUUUCUACAAGCAUCAGAGAGCUCAAGAACUUCAGGUCGCUGUUAGCAGAGGAGGGAUGACACUGUGGAGAUCAAGUCUUCUGCCUCAAUCCUGCUGAAAUGUUUCAAACUUGCAACAGAGUUUAACAAAAUUAAUUAUAAGCCUUCAUUAUCUGAGCGGCAAUGGUGGAAUUCAGAUAUUUUACUUUAACAGUAAAUAAAUACUUUGUUACAAGUCCUGCUGCAUUCAAAUGUUUACUUUAUUAAAAGAACAAAAACAUUAUCAAACUAUACUUAAGGUCCAAAAACGUAUAGUACAUCAGUAUGUAGAAUGGCCUUUAUAUUAUAUAACUUUCUUAUAGUUAUUGUUGAAUAAAUAUGUGCAUCAAAUUCAUUUUGCUGAAAUGUGGACCUAAGUUUGAGUAAUUAUACUGCUUGGUAGGUUAAUCUGUAACAAUACAUCAUCAAUUAUUUAUUUGAUUGGUAUUAUGUACUAAUAAUCGAAAACUGCAAAUGUAAAAACAAGGGUAGUGGAGUAAGAGUAUAAAAGUGAUUAGAGCCAUUUUUGGUUCAGUUGUACAAUGUUUCUGUUAUGAAUCUUUUUUCCUAAGGAUGGCGCUGUUUGUAAAGCAAACCGA